AUGGACAUGUCCGGCCACACCGACUCCUCCUCCUCCAGCACCUCCAGCGGGAUGACCUCAAUGUCCAUGUCCAUGGUCUUCACGACCGACCACUCCACCCCCCUCUUCUCCUCCCAAUGGACCCCCACCACAACAGGCGCCUACGCGGGCACCUGCAUCUUCCUCAUAAUCCUCGCGAUAAUCUCGCGCCUGCUCCUCGCCUUUCGCUCGACGCUCGAGCGGAAAUGGCACGACCGCGCCGUGAAUCGUCGGUAUGUCAUGGUGGCCGGGGAGAGCGAGCGCGAGCGGGAGAGGCAGAGUCUGCCGGCGGAGGAGAAGAGCGCCGAGGCGACGUUGACGACGAAUGGCUUGGAUGAGAGCGUGAGGGUCGUGCGGACGGCGAGGAAUAGGGGGAUGGAGGUCGUGCCGUGGAGGUUUAGUACCGAUUUGCCUAGGGCGGGGAUUUUUUUUGUGCAGGCGGGGGUUGGGUAUCUUCUGAUGUUGGCGGUCAUGACUCUCAACGUGGGCUACUUCCUCUCGGUCCUCGCAGGACUCUUCGUCGGCGAGCUGGCAGUUGGUCGAUUCAUCACGGCCGACGACGGUCACCACUGA